GGGCCUGCUGGCUUUCUGCGCGUGCAGUGGAACGGGUUUUUAUCGAAAAUCUGUCGGACUGCUUUUAGGAAACGGGAUUCUAGUUUACGAUAACGUCGUAACUACAACGUUAGUUACUUGUCGCUACUUUAUUGUAAAGCCAUAUCAGUGUUUCAGUUUAUUUCAAAGAUCCAGACUGGUUUAGUCUGUUCUGUUUUUUUAGGAAUUGAAAUCGGAUUUUUAUUCGAAUGCUUCGUGCUUACUGAAUGUACACCUGUCACUAAAGCGAAGAGAAAUUGUGGAAAACUUUUUUUUUUUUUUUUUCCACCGAAACUGUAGGCCAGAUUAAAGCGUGGCCGUAUUUCUACUGAGAGUUCACUACAUGGUAGCUGUGCCGACCGUCUGAUGCUUUUCACUAUGAUCAAGAUCGACGUAAAUUUAGAUUUUUUAUUUAUUUAUUUUUUACUUUAUUUUUUGCAUGAAUGUGGAAGGCUACCAUAUUUAAUCAUUUACUGAUCUUGGCCACAAAUUGGUUUUCCCAAGUGCUGACUGUUACUAAUGAAAACAUCUGUAGUGUUCUCUCGGGUUUAUUUAGUUCAGUGUGUCUGGCAUUAAGUAGGGCCCAGGUGUUUUCCAAUAGAAGCUACCGUCGUGUGUACGUGUGAUGGAUACGUUACGGUGCUGUCCUGGUGCCCACUAACGGCGCGCAACUCUUCAACGUGCUGACCAGGCAAAGCCUCGCUGUACUUGUCCGCCGAAAUGAUGGCAAGGGAUGUGAGGCUGUCCUGGCACCAACAGGUUCCAGUGCUAACAUACUGCAUCGUCCUCCCCUCUCUAACACGAUCGUUUAGCGUCGCUUGUGCUCUGUGAGGCCGAGACAGUUUGUGUGGGAGCGUCCACAGUGCACAGUAUAAGGAGCGAAAGCAAAGCAACGUGAAGCAGGUAGACCGUGUGUGGGGGAGGCGCUGGUGUAGGGACCAGAGGCGUGGGGCGGGUUUAGCGGCUGCCUCCGCACGCACGGCUGGGUCUUUUUCUAAUAAGACUUUAUUAGCUCUGCUGGUUUCUCGUUGAGCGACCUAAUAUUGGCUUGUGUGUGGCAAAUUCUGAUUGUUUCAGUUGGACUCUUCAUUUGCGACUCGCAGUGGUGAUGUGUAAUUGUAGGCGGAUAAAUGAAACGUCAUUUUAGACAGUGGUAACCGCUGUUGUGAUGAACUCGAAGAUGCUUUGUGACUGCCUUCGUAAGAAAAUAACCCGUUCUUGUUUGCUAUGUGCUGUCUUUUCUCGCAGAAAAUGCUCGGAUGACUAAACAUAAAUUAGUCACUGAAACGAACAAGCUGUUUUGCUUUUCCAAGCUUCCCACAUAGAACGUGUCUGUCUGUGUGCGCUGUAAUUGCGCGUAGAGCUGGAAUAGAUGAUAAGGUUAUCCUAAGAAAUUUGAGCAUGUAUUUAGUAAGCCCCAAGUUCAAGUAGCCAGUCGGACUACUGCGAAGCAUGUUGCUUUGUAUUUCGCUGGGUGAAAUCUAUGCUUGUCGCUUUAGUUGAUUUGUCUUGAUCUUAGGAAAAUGUGAAAUUUUCUGCUGUUCUAGUAAAUAUAUUUGGCUCCAUCACGUACAUGCAGACAAAUUGCCACAACAGUAUACAGCAUUUUCCAGCAGUAGUGCUAUUCCGAGCUUCAUACCGUCAUUCAUACGCGGAUAUUUUGGGAAGUUGAAGAGUAGAGGGUUUGUUUUGCAUGGUGGUGGUAUCGGGCUCGCAGUGCGGAUUUAAGCAUGCUUGCAGUUCCGACUGAAAUGUAUAGACUGCUUGGUUUUGUACAGUUGCCUUGUGACCGUAUAUUUCUCUAUGUCUAAAAAUGUGUAUAUGUAAAGACCUUAGUAAAUGAAUGUUAUAGUAAAUAUGUUAACCGUGUCUUGUUCUGGAGUGGAAUGUUCUGACUUUUGUGGACUCGGGGAAAAUCUCUGUUUUGAAAAUGCAAAUUAACGUGCUGAUACUGCUCUGUAAAAUAUGUAGAGUUAAGAAAUAUUGCAAGGUAAUUAUUUGCGUUGUCAAUAAUUUGAGUUGUUUUAAUACCUCUGUUUUCUCUUGAACUAAUUGGGAAAGUAUUUACACCACUCCAGUCAAAUGUAUUUCUUCAGCUCUAAAGGUUGGUUGAUUCCUAAUAAUAAAGGCUCAGUCCGGAUGCACUCAUAUGCCAUGGGUUUUCCUGCGAUGCCAAAUGAUUAUUAUCCCUUCUGGGGCCCCAGUGGAUGGCCAGGUUUGGCAGAAUGGAGAUUGAUGCUCGCUUCCGCUACUACUUUCAGCACCCAUGGUCCCGCCUGGUUGUGGCCUACCUGGUCACCUUCUUCAACUUCCUCAUUUUUGCCGAGGACCCUGUGUCUCACAGCCAGACGGAGGCCAAUGUCAUCGUGGUGGGAAACUGUUUCUCCUUCAUAGUGAAUAAGUACCCAGGCGGAGGAUGGAGUGCCGUGAAGAUACUGAUGUGGAUUCUAGCGAUCUUCACAGGCCUCAUUGCUGGGAAGUUUCUCUUUCACCGAAGGCUGUUUGGCCGCUGCUUGCGAUUGAAGAUGUUCCGUGAGGACCAUGGCUCCUGGAUGACAAUGUUCUUCAGUACCAUCCUCUUCCUCUUCAUCUUCUCUCACAUUUACAACCUCUUCCUUCUCAUGACUGGGGGCAUGGGCCAUCACAUGGUCACAGAGUACAUGGGAAUACGGAAUGAAAGCUUUAUGAAAAUGGCAGCCGUCGGGACAUGGUUGGGAGACUUUGUGACAGCGUGGAUGGUGACGGACAUGAUGCUCCAGGACUCUCUGUACCCUGACUGGGGACGAGCUGCUCGACACUUCUGGAAGCAGGGCACCAACAGGAUCAUGCUGUUCUGGACAGUGUUGAUCUCCCUGACAUCUGUAGUGGUACUGGUCAUUAGUACGGAUUGGAUUAGCUGGGAUAAUCUUAACCGUGGUUUCCUACCUAGUGACGAAGUCUCUAGGGCCUUCCUCGCCUCCUUCAUCCUCGUGUUUGACCUCCUCAUCGUCAUGCAGGACUGGGAGUUUCCCCAUUUCAUGGGUGAUUUGGAUAUGAACUUACCUGGCCUGUCCACAACCCAGCUGAAGAUUAAACUGCCAGUCUGCAAACGGAUCUUCAAAGAGGAGUAUCAUAUACACAUCACAGGUAAAUGGUUCAACUAUGGCAUCAUCUUCUUGGUUCUCAUUCUUGACCUCAACAUGUGGAAAAAUCAGAUCUUCUAUAAGCCUUAUGAGUAUGGUCAAUAUGUUGGCCCAGGAGAAAAGAUCUUCACAGUGGAGGAGCCGGACACUCUUGGUCAGUUUAACCGUAGUACACUAACCUGGGAUUGGCGCUCCAGUAACAUAGACCCCUACACAAACCUGACUUACGUCCAGAGAGACAUGUUCCUCCACAGCCGCUACGUCGGUGCCAGCCUGGACGUGAAGUGCUUGGCAUUCAUUCCAAGCCUGGCUGCUUUUGCUCUCUUUGGCUUCUUUAUCUGGCUGUUUGGACGGUUCCAGGACAGCGAGACUUUCCCAGAGAGCCAGGACAAGACAUACGAGCGCAUCAAACGCAAGUCGCCAUCGGAUUUGGGCGUCACACCAGAAGAGGUGCACGUCUCCAUGAGCGCGGGUCUGAAAAGGAGCGGUACUCCCAUGUUGUUGCUGGUAGACACCCACCAGAUUGGGUCUUCCACUAAUUCUAUAUCGCCCUGUUCUGUGGAGACCCAGGAGACACAACCAAGUGUUUCUGUGGAUAAAGCAGAGGGUGGACAAGCUGCAGAUGUCGACAAAUUGACACCAUAAAAGUGUAAGCUUAAGCCAAGUUAAUAUGGACUCUAGAAAGCAGAUGGAUUUUUCUGCUGAUCUUCAGCUCUGCCUUCGCCUUGAUGGGUUCGUUGGACCAAAACAAUAAAAUACAUGUCAGGAAGUUUGGGCCUCCAGAGAGGCUUUGUAAGCUGGCUCUGUGGUUCAGAGAGCUUUCUUUAAAACUUUAAUAAUAGUAGCGAUCAUAAGAUGUUACAUAACACAAUAUGGUGAUGUUUUUAAUAAAUUUUAAUAAUAUGUUUUCAAAGCACCAUAUGUGGCAUCACAAUUUUGGAACUUCAAAAUGUUCUAUAUUAAUUUUACCAGAGAUGAGUACUAUUUAUCAGCCAAUGGUGCUUAUCACUUUAUUUUUUUCUACAAAUUUUUUAUUGAGCUAUUUUGGUGCAUAGAUCUAAAGACUAUUUAUAUACUAAAUGUAUUUCAAUGUGGUUAUGAUGAAUAUUCUCCUGAGAAAGCUGUGCCUUCAGUAGUUAUGUCCAUUAAUGGACAAUGAAAUUUAGAGGUCUUUGUGACGUUAUACAUUGUUUUUUGUGUUAACAUUUUGUUGUUUUUUGUGAAUGAUUUGAAACCUCUUAUCAGAAUAUUUUUGCCUCAAGCUCAACACCAAAAAAUAUCAAAACAAAUUAUCACUUUAUGAUAAAAAAAAAAAAUCAUUAAAAAAACAUGCUUUUAUCUUGACUGUUUAUAAUUUAAAUAGAUAUAAUUUAGUUCAUGCAUGCAUCACCUUCAGCUGGAUGCCUUUUGGCACAGCUAGCAUAUUAAGGCACAUUAAGGCUAAUUUAUUGUAGUUCCUGCUGAAAGUUUAUGUAAUUUUUCUCUCAUAUUUAUAAAGGUCACCAUUAAUAUUUUAACUUUAGUUGCAUUACACAAGCCUGUGACACUCAUCACCUCAUUUUGAAGUUUAAUGCAAAGUGCUUGCACCCCUCUGAAAUCCAUUGCACUAAAUAAAUUGGACAUGGCCAAAGUUAUUUUUUUUGUUAUGUAUUUUGUAGCCCUUAAAAUUUAUUUUUUCCUCUU